AGAGAGUUAACGGUGCGGGGAAACUCGCUCGCCGCUCCUCCGCCCGUGCCGGGCGCUUGGCAACCGGGGCGCCGCGCAUGUGGGACCGCCGGGGGCCGCCGCCGCCCCGCCGGGCCCCGCGUCCCCCUCCCCGCCCCGGACAAGGCGUUUAACGUGCCCAGGCGUGAAGUAUGGCAUGCAAAGAUGGUUUCUGCCAAGGAGCCAGCCAUCGCCAUGUCCUCGGGUCUCUCCAUCGCCCUCCUGCACUGCCUGUGCCUGGCGACCUGUCUCACCGGGCCGCCAGGGCAGAUCAAAAAAGAGGAGAAAUUGUGGCCGGAGAAUUUUACCAGCAUCCUGAACAGCCUCCUGGAUGGCUAUGACAACCGGCUGCGACCGGGAUUUGGGGGUCCUGUUACUGAAGUCAAAACAGAUAUAUAUGUCACCAGUUUUGGACCUGUUUCUGAUGUAGAAAUGGAAUAUACAAUGGAUGUCUUCUUUCGUCAGACAUGGGUAGAUAAAAGAUUAAAAUAUGAUGGCCCUAUUGAAAUUUUAAGACUUAACAACUUGAUGGUUUCGAAGGUAUGGACUCCUGAUACUUUCUUCAGGAAUGGAAAAAAGUCUGUUGCUCAUAAUAUGACAGCCCCUAAUAAACUCUUCAGAAUAAUGAGAAAUGGCACCAUCCUGUACACAAUGAGGCUUACAAUAAGUGCAGAGUGUCCCAUGAGAUUAGUGGAUUUUCCCAUGGAUGGUCAUGCUUGUCCUCUCAAAUUUGGGAGUUAUGCAUAUCCAAAGAGUGAAAUGAUUUAUACCUGGACAAAAGGACCUGAGAAGUCAGUGGAAGUUCCUGAGGAGUCUUCCAGUUUAGUUCAGUAUGACCUGCUUGGGCAUACGGUAUCCUCUGAAACUAUAAAAUCUAUUACAGGUGAAUAUAUUGUUAUGACAGUUUAUUUCCAUCUGAGACGGAAAAUGGGUUAUUUUAUGAUUCAGACCUACAUCCCAUGCAUUAUGACCGUGAUCCUCUCUCAAGUUUCAUUUUGGAUAAAUAAGGAAUCAGUUCCUGCUAGAACUGUAUUUGGGAUAACCACAGUGUUGACAAUGACGACACUGAGCAUCAGUGCAAGACAUUCACUUCCAAAAGUAUCCUAUGCUACUGCCAUGGACUGGUUCAUAGCGGUUUGCUUUGCCUUUGUGUUCUCUGCUCUGAUUGAGUUUGCUGCUGUCAACUAUUUUACUAACAUUCAAAUGGAAAAAGCCAAAAGGAAGACGGUCAAGUCACUUCUUGAAUUUCCAGUUGCUCCAGUACAAAGGAAAAGAAGUACAGAAGAGACAUUCACGAGUACAGAUGCCAAUUCAAAUGUGAGGAAAAGAACGAAUGCCACGGUACAGUCUGAAGCUGAUGGUGGGAGCCGAAUUGACACAAGGCACAGCUCUGUCCAGCCUCCCUCUGUAGCUCAGGGGUCUUCUGACAUUACACCCCACUCCCUUUCUGCAUCAAGUCCCAACCCUUUCACACGAAUCAACGCAUCGGAGACAUUAUCUUCUGCAAGAGCUACCCCUCCAGCUCCUCCUUCUACCCCAAUUUUAACUGGAUUUGUAUCCCAGCAUGCCACAGCUGGAUCCCCUUCCAUUCAGCACUUGCUUGGAUCUAGACUGGAGCAGAUUCAGACCACCACACCUAAUACAUUAGGAGCAUCUGCAAAGCCAUCUGCUGUCAUACCACCUCCUCCCCCCGCCUCCCACUCUGGCACGAGUAAGAUAGACAAAUAUGCACGCAUUUUAUUUCCUGUAACCUUCGGAGCAUUUAACAUGGUCUACUGGGUGGUGUAUCUAUCCAAGGAUACCAUGGAAAAAUCAGAAAGUCUAAUGUAGUUUUGCUGCUAUGUAGUAGUUCCUAAAUUAUACUCACAUUUGAUGCAGAGUUUCUUCUUUUGAAACUAUUUUAAAAGGUCAGUAACUCUUAUUUAUAAAAGCUGUGUGGUACUUUCCCAUUCUAAAGGCUGGAGUUAUUGGGGAUAAUUAGUUAACUCUUAAGAGAGUGAUGGGUAACAGUAUUGGUCUUCCUCCUUUCAGCUAGCAAUGAACCAACUACUCUGGCUGCACAGAACUUGCAUUUAGGAGGAACAUGCACCUGAAAAAAAUCAGAGGCAGAGGUGCACAGCUGUGCAGUGGAACACAUCUGACUGCUAGAAAUGUGCAUGUUGGCUAUUACAAAUGCCUGAGGCACCUAGCACUGCUGUCUGGACACAGCAUUGCAUUCUCUGAGUGUGAGGUCUAUGUCCUGUAUUUUUUGACAGUGCUUGCUAGAAAAAGACUUUCCCUGAUAGAUUAAAAUUGACAGAAUAGGGGGAAGAAAAUCAAGAGUGGCAAAAGGGAAGAAAGUCCAGCCUGGGAGAGUGCAACUCCAGGAAGUUAUGCAAAGGAGUUGUAGAGCUCCAUAUAUUUUUACUAAGCAUUAUUUUGCAUUGUAACCUGGGAAAUUCUCACACCAAACUAGAGAAUGAGUGAACCUUGUAAAAUCUGAAAUCUAAUGUAAUUCUCAAAAUUGGAUUUUCUUGUUUGGUAAGGUGAUCUUAAAUGGGCAUUUCUUCUUCGACCUUGCAGACCAGCUUGAGUGGAUUUAUUCCUAAAUUACAUCAGUUGUAGUAGAUGAGGACCAGACCACAAUGUUCAACAUUUUAUUUGAAUUCUUUGCUUUUUCUUUGGAUGCUUUAGGGUUUGGGUUUGGUUUUUUUGCCCCAUAAUUUUCAGUUAUACUCCUGAUUUCCUUUAAACACGUAUCCAUUCCCCUCUGCACACACCUCCUUAUGUAGUGUUUGUAUCAAGCUAAAUUUUCAACACAGUUUUAAAAGUGGCUUGGAAAUUAAGCAAAAAAAGCCCCAUUUCCUGUGCAUAGAUAAGUGUGGCAUGUCACUGAGUGAAUAAAAGACACCCUUUUUGAGAAGGACUGCUGUGAUAUAAAUAAGAAAGUAAACUUUCUAGGUGGAUCCCGGGCUAAAAAUGUUAAUUUAUGAUCCAUUUCUUUACUUUAAAAUGUGGCAUAAAUAGGUGCUUUUCUUUCUAAAUUGCAGUAUGCAAGCAGGCAACAUUAUUAAAGAAUUGAAUAGUUAAACCUGAUAGAAAUAUUUAUCAUAAAUGUUAUUUUCGUUAUAAGAGAUAGAAAACAAAUUGCCAAUAAAUAAAAUAAAUGUUUGUACAGAACUGUCUGGCUUGGCAAAUGGUUAGUGUUUCUGUGCAGGUAAAAAGUGAGAAUCAAAGGCCAAAUUCUCAGCUAUGAUCUGGCUGUGCCUUUAAAGGGUCUGGACUAAUCUUUAGCUUCAGUUAGUUGACUGAAUAACAGAUUGGUAGCCUGUUGUCAAAGUUGUAUGCUGCAGGGCAGAUCAGGUGAGUGUUGGGUGGUUCUGUGUCGAGAAAAUGAUCAAGGAAUUUAUGGAGACCCCAAGCUGCUGGCAAAAAAAGGCCUGCAUAAGACUGCCUUAGACUGGAACAAGAGUCAGGGUAAAAAGACCCCAUAAUGGUGAAACUAUGACAGUGCCUCUUUCUCUCCAAGCCUUUUAGCCAGCUCAUGGCUGAGAACAUGACCUUUAACUUGUGGGAUCUGGGAGAUACCUGGCAAGAGAUACUACAUCACUCAUUUGUAGUUUGGAUCCUUUCAUGUGUAAUAAUGAACUGUAGAUGAUAGAAUGCAGUGGGAAUGUCUUACAUAACUUUAUUAUAAUGGAGUAUAAUCAGUUGCCUUAGUCUUUCUUUUACUUAAGGGAUGCUCUCAAAAGGCCAGGUAUGGUUUUUGCUUUUUUCAUCUUUUACAUCUGGAAGAUGGCUGAGACUACAGCACUCAUUAGAAAAACAUUACAUGGCAUAUCACAGAACUGGAAAUGGAGCACCCGUGCAAGAUGUCUAACUGCAGUAGUUUGUAUCUUUGGAUGUACUGCUAGUUGCUGUAGCUGUUUCCUCUCUAAUUAGGUCACAUUGUUACGAAUUGUUAGAAUAGAAGAUGGUAUGCAAGGGAUUAUUUAUUUGGUUAAACUAGAAUAAACAAAGCUAAACCUCUGGCAACUAUUGAUCAUAAUUGCGCAAAUAAUAAAAUACUUCUAGCAUGAAGAAUGGUGACCUGUGUGGAGAACCUAGUUUUUGCACCAGAAGUAAUUGAAAUUACUCUUUGAUGAAAACCUAGAUGUUUUUUUCACAGGCAGAGCUUUAAACAAUUCAUUAGAAGCAGUUAUCUGUUCUUUCUACCUAUCCCUGUAUACUGAUUUUAUAAUCAACUUUUUCAAGUGUGUUGUUCAGUGGGAUCAACACUAGUUCAGGCUGAUUGGUCUAAAUGUGCUGCUUGAAUUCACUUGUAGUUUCUGUUUAAAGGCCUAUAAAGAGGGAAAAGGGCUGAAAAAUAAUAAAUUACAGAUAUUUAUUUCUAUUCUUCCAUUUUGGGAGAAAAUUUUAGUGAUACCAUGGAAAAAGUUGUGUAUUUUAAAUAUCUAGUGUAUUCCCGAAAUAUCUUCCAACACUUCCAUGCCUAAAUUCAAAAUGAAGUAUAUUAAAAAAAAAAUCAUGAUGAGCCUAGGACUAAUUUAUUGAACUGUACUACAUUUUUAUGUUGCAGCAGAUGAAGAAAUUGCCAUAAUUACCUUUCCCAAGUACAUGUGGACAAUGUAAAUAGAAAUUUCCUGUUAACAGUAGUUCUUCAUUGUCUUUAAUCUCCCUGAAUGAUCAGAAACAGUAAAAUGAAAAAGAGCCUGCAAUAUACUCAGUGAUACUGUAACUUGAAAGCACAAAAGGAGGAAUAUACUAAAUAUAGCAGCCCAAAUGUUCAAAACUGCUAACUGAAAUCCUAAGGGAAUGUUGCAGAGAUCAUUUUAGUGACCAAAUAGCUUAUUAGAGAUGAGUUUCAGGGAGAUGAACUCUACAGGAGCUAUAAUUUUAGGUUUUUGUUCUAUUUUCCUAUUGGCUUUGUUGAGCAAUCUUUUUUUUUUUUUUUUUUUAUAGUAUCAUAAUGGCUUAAAACUAACCAAACACUUCAGAAAAGUUCACAUCUAUCAACAGGAAAGAAAAGUGGAGGGAAAGACAAAAAUCUUUACAAGGAAAUAGAGAUAGUUCUCCACUGAUGUUUCCUCAGAGACAUUGUUACAGCAGCAAAACUCCUACAGAUUGCAAAGAUGCAGCCCUGACCACUAAUGCAGUCACUUGAGAAAAACACUUAAAAACUUGGUUCAGGAAGAUUACCUUCACAGGAACUGAAGUGUAGUUUGUAGUCAAUUGUGAGCCCAUGAUUAACAGGUUUCACUGCAACUGUGAAAAUAAUGAAGAUGAGAAAGGUGGCAAACUUAGACCCCAGACCUUCAAGGUGUCCUGAACUCUUGGAGCUCACCAGCAGUACUGCAAUCUGUUUUUCCUUCUAUUAAAAAAUUGACUUAUCUCCAUCAAAUGGAUGUUUGUAGUGCAUUUCUUCUCCCAUGUGUCUUUGAAGGAGAAAAAAGAUUUUAAACUAUUUUGUUAUCCACUCUACAUUACACUUUGAUUGGGCAAGUAAACUAGACAAUAAUUGAAUGAAAGAGGUAAAUAGUUUAAUAAGGAAUGUGAUAAGAGCUCUUCUGUUAACAGGAGAGGAGAGUUAUUGAUUACAGGGUGCUCAAGUGUAGCCUUUGGCAUCUCAUCAUCGUCCUUCAGGAUGGACCUUACCAAAAAAUGGGGAAACCAAGUAAAUGUAUUUAAUAGGAUUAACCAGUAUUUGUACAAAGAAUUUAAUGAACUCAGCUUUUGUUAUAUCCAGAAUUCCAUCUUCUUCUACUUAAUGUGCACCUUGUGUAUGUCAUUUGGCCUCAGUGUCCCUCAAUGCUGUAGCUCAUUGUCUGUAUGCCAUGUGAGAACAUCAGGAUAUGCAGUAUCUAUUUAACCAAUUUAUCCAAAGCCUAACUUCCUAUGUUCCUUGUGCUGUUAGACGUGUAGGGAAGGUCAGAAUGGGAGAAUGACACACAGGCUUUGUAAGAGACACAUUGGCCAUCUGGGACAUUUUCCCAUAGAUAUUACAGAUUUCUUAGGGUACUUUUUUCAGUGUGCUAUAGCACACUAUACAUACAAAUCCCAAAAGCUGCCAAGAGGUCUGGGUAUCAGAGUAGAUCAUGGACUUUGCAUACUUCCUAUAACUUUUGCUUGACUUAGAAGAUUAAGGAGGAAAGAAAUUUUGGUGAGUUGUACCUUGUCUUCCUGGGACUUGCCAGCCGGGCUUGACCUCACUAAAAUAAGGGUUUGUGUGGCUAGCACUGGUUAUGAAUUGCAAUACAGACAGCUGACAAAAACCCACCCUUGGUUUUAUUUAAUCCUAGGACUGAAUAAUAGAUUAGAAAAAAAGCAGCUGUGUUGAGAAGCCUAGGUUUACUAUAACAUGUGCUGAUGAUAUCGAUCAAACCAAGGAUGAUCAAAGUUGUAGAAGUCUUACAGAACUUCAGGGCCAUACAGCAGUAGGUUUGCAGCAGGCCAGUGCUAAGUAGGGAGAAGAGGAGGUGCUUCCCUUCAUACUCUGACAGGAGUAAAGCAAUAAAGCAUAAACAGUACAGCUCCUCUAUUAAUAUGUGGUAGAACAAGACUGCAUAAACAAAAUUUCAUACUCAAAGAAAAUUAGAGGGGCAAAUAGCUCUAUGGAGGUCAGUAUUAACUACCAGAAACCAACCCUAAAAAAACAAGGGAAAAAAUCCAGGAAAAAGAAUUAAGAUAAAUGACAGUAGCAUAUUUUAAAAUUAUUUAGAUUUUUUUUUUUCCCCAAGAACUUGUAUUUCUUUCACUGUGGACUUCCAAGGUGAGUUUACAUUUUUUUUUAAGAAUCUUUACUGGUAUCCACUGACACCAAUAUGUGUUUUUCAUUUACUUCAGUGCACUUUAAAUGGGAAGUUUACUGGCAGGAAAACUGUGCCAUUUUAAGAGUCUGAUAUGCAUUAAUUUGUACAAUCUUCAUUUGUAGUCCUCUCCCUGGAGUCAAGAUGUAGCUAUUUUGUAGAAUGUGAGUGUGGGGAGAGUUUCAGUGUAUUUUGAGUAAAUCAGACUCUGAAAGUCAAUUUUUGCCACAUCCCAGGCAAGUGAGAGUAGUGCGAAGUACAGAGCACCCUGUAAAGAUCUCUUUUGCUAAUGUUAUAUUCUGUGUUAACUGGAGGGAAUGAAAAAUGCAAUUACUGUAAAAAUUGAUAGUAUUUGAAAAACAUAAUUUGUUUUUACAUGAGUUAGAAAUGUGUUAGGUAUUUAUUUCAGAAUUGAAUGGCAUUGUCUUCUAGUCCAUAACUUAAUGCAUCUAAAAGUAUCUCUUAGACUUUCUUAUGAUUUUUGUAUUAUUCCACUGGAAAGGAUUUCAAAGCAAACCAGUUCACUAGAUUUUUUGCAUUGCAGUUCACUAGAUUUUUUAAGUCAUAAUUCUAUUUUCAUUUUCUUGUGCAAGAGGAACUGAGAGCAUGAUGGCUUUUUCAAAAUAAAAAUAACAGUGGCAAAAUAAAAGCCUUGAAAAUUCCCUUUUCUAGAAAACCUUCCAAACUCCCAUCAAUUUUUAAACGGUUUUUAAAAAGUUAGUGUAGUUGAAGCAUUUAAAAAUACUAAUGCUGUUGCAGCCUGGGUACAUAUAUACAUAUAUCCCUUGAAAUAAUAUAAUUUCCCUGAAUUUUAAGGAGACAAACUCAAGAUGCACUUGCUAAUAAUUCUGUAUUGAAAGAAUACCUUUCUGGAUGGAAACACCAUAUGAGGUAGGUAUUUUUUUAUCACUGUCUUUGUAUACCUGUUUUCAAUAACAAGAUGUGUAGGAAGAGUGUGAUAUUACUGAAUUAAUCUUGAAAUAACAUGAAGAUCUGGGUUAUUUCCUGCUGGUCAUCUUGCUCUUGUGUCAACAUUUACUUAGUGUCUUUGUGAAUGUUGUAUCCAGGUUGCUGUUAACUGACAGCAGUCUGUGGAUGAUCUGAUGACAUAAAGAAACUUUAAAGGAAAUCACUGUUUGUGAAUAUGCUUCAUCCUUGGAAAAUAUUUAACUGGAGUUUGGUAGAAGAAGCAGAUGACAGUAUAAGUGCUCAGCUCUACUUCUGAGCUCAAUACACUGAAAAAUUUAAUUGAGCACUGCUUUGUCUUGCAUCAUCAUCUUGUGCUGGUGGCUCAUCUCCAUGGUAAGUAAAACUUCUAUGAGGAUGGAAGUCUCAGAAGUAAAGAAUGUCUACAUGUAUUUCUUCAAAGUUAUUUUGAAAUAUGAGAUAGCUAACCUUAUUACUAAGCGUAAUGUCAUGGUAUGCUUUAUAUUUCUAAGCUUGAAAAUCUCCUUUUCUCUUAGGGUGUGCCAGGUUGUCAAAUUAACUUCUCAUAAAUAGAUGAUUCUGUAUGUACAUGUAUUUCUUUUUUUUUUUUUUUCUGUUAAUUUGUGGUAACAUUCUCUAUCACCAGAUGAGUGGUGAAGAUUUGAGAUGUUUCAGAUAGCCAGAGCUCUUAAGCAAUUACUUUAAAAUAUUUGGAGAUAUAUGCCUUUGCAAAGCAAUACCAGCAGUGCUUUUGUGGUAAAAAUUAAUCAGCCUGUGAAAAAUCCUGGUCUUGAAUGCUCAACCUGUGUUUGAAGGGCUGAUGGAGCACAUCAGGCAAGGCAGGACUCGGGGCAUUUUUAUUCUGAGAGGCUUCUGAAUUGGAGCUGGCUUAUGUUCUGCCAUCUUCUGGAGCAGUCUGCACCAGAGGGACUACAAGCAGAAUCCAUGGGCUUUUUGCAAGCUUUUUUUAUGACUCUACCAUAAAACUGUAUUACUGCUGAAUGUAGAACUCUCACCUUCUUUAUUGCCUUGCUUUGUGUGAGGGGAAGUAUUUCAGUGCUUGUGGGGAAGCAGGCUGAAAUGAUUUGUCUAGCUAAACCGCCAGUUUUGCUUUGUUUCCCUUUGGCUGGUUAGUGUAAUGGGAUCCGUCUGAUCUCCCAUCCUAGUGCUGGUACAAAGGAGGGUGUGAGGAGCCUGGAUUGAUGCUUUGAGCUGGGUUAAUGCUGGUGUGAAACCACAGCCUGAGGAUUCUCCUCUUACCUCCACUGUCAUUAAAACAGAGGCUCUCUCAGGCUUUCUUAAACCUCCUGUGCCCCCUGUAGUAAUUUUUUCUCCACAAAGGUGAUUUUAUGAAUUAUACCAAUUACAAAACAUGGACUAAAAAAAAAACAACAAAAAGAGAGGCCAGAAUUUUGGAAAGACCCCAAAUCGAUGAAGUUAUUUGAAGAGAGAGCAAAGGAGAGAAGGGAAAACUUAAGUAUGGAUGAAAAAUUUAGUUUCUUGCUACGAAGCAGUUAUUUUAAGAUAUGUCCUAAUAGAGGUACUAGAACUGCAUCUGGCAGGAAACAGCCUAGAAAUAAUUAUUUCUUCAUUAUAAGUAUAAUGAGAAUGUAUUAAAGAAAAGUUUCUAAUGUCCUAUUAUAAACAUUUGUGUUCCAUUGAAGUUUUCAAAAAUAGUAUUUUCUUUGUCAGCCAGGAAGAAUUAGGAGACAGAAUGAGAAGGGAAAAAGAAUGAGUUUUAUUAAGUUUUACUGUUUCCCUUUGUUUUAGAACAUUUCUCAACCAAAAUAUAAACAGUAAUAUUUUUUUAAAUCUUUCUGAGACUCUAUAUAUUUAAUUCUCAGUAAUGAGGCACUUUGGAAUGUUUAACAUUUAACUUGAUUUCUGCUUAAGAGACUAAAUAGAGAGAGUACUGUCUCUGAUUUAAUUCAGUUAUCAGAGUGGAUGUGGGUGAAGAAAACAGCUUUCAUCACAGUAACAACCAGUUCUUUUUAAAGUAUCAUGCUUUCCUACUAAAUCUGAAGGCUUCAUUCUUGUACCUGAAUUCAUGGGAGCUGUUUAGUGCUGAGCAUUUCUGAUAAUCCAGUCAGUGCUACAGCCUGUGGGCUGCACCUGCAUUUUAGAGUUGCCAAGUCUGAAAAUGUACAUCCACAAGUUGGCACUUGCACAGCACGGAUCCCACAAAAGGCAAAGGUGUGUGUGUAGCCCACUGUGAGUGCAUGAGAGCUGUUGUGUUGCUCAGGUAGGAGAAGACAGGAGUCUGUGGCCAGAAAAAGAAGGUAAGGAGGGUGUGACUGCAUCUCUCAGAGGCUGAGCAGAGCUUAUAUUGGAUUAAGCCACUCAUGAAAAUACCCCCUAAACCCCUUUCCAAAUAGGCAGCAUAGGAGCAAGCUGAGUGCAAUGUGGAAUUCAACUCCAACUUCAAAUCCUGCCCAAGGAUCAGCACAGUUAAUCUCCCCUAAGGGUUCUGAUGCUGUGGCUAGAAGACUGAAAAGAUGUGAGGGAGCUCCUGCUGCCAGCUGGAAUGCCUUCAUGUUGCUGUGCAUCCAAACUGUCCUGUAGUGCAUCAGGGUCUUUGGAAUAGUAGGGGUAGGAUGGAAAAUACCUUUUUGGAGUACAAAAUAGGGCAGAAUGAAAACUUCCUUCAGAUUAGCACUGCUCCUAUGCUCUGCAACAGCACAGAAGAUCCCAGAGGAGCACCAAGGUCUAUUGCAGUCGUCUGCUCCUUGCCUAUCUGCUAAAUGUUUUGAAAUGGAGAGUGGUGGGUAUGAGAAAUGCAGGUGUGGUAAUGAAACAAAAGUUGAUUAGUGCUGCUGCCUGGUAAGUACCCACAGUCUCCUGCCAGCAGCCUGUGGGCCUUCCCAGAGACAGAACUGCCAUCUCUGACUUUUUUGUAGGCAUAGUUAUUAUGUCUCUACCAUCAUCCCUGUAUCUUAAGCAUUGGGAAAAGGGGGUUUCUCUUUGAUACUCUAUUUUGUUGCAUAAUUGCACAUUUCUCCAUUUUGUUGCAUAAUUAUUAAGAAGAAAAUCAAGCUGAAUUAUUUUCAUUUUUUUUAAACUUUUUUUUUAAUGAGUCUUCCUCACCUGCAGACAUGGAAAUCAUAAGUUCCAUUGCAAACUUCAGGAAGGUAGGAAAUACUUCUAUGCAAACAUCUGUCUGUGAUUAUCUCACAAAGAUAGCUGCUUAGCUGUGGGAUAUUCAGUAGCCACUUCAUAAAUACAUGGAUUGUAUUUUUUCUCUUUGGAGAACGUGGAGAUGAUAUAUAAACAGAAGGUGGGAAAAUUCUGUGGAGGGGUUUUAUAAUGCUACUUCUCACUUCUCUGGCUAUUAUAUGCAUAAAUAUAGUGAAAUCAGAUAAGAAAUUAUAUGUAAGCGAAAAAAAGACAUUCUUUCAUCUUCACAUUCUCAGUUGAUCUUACUAAGUAUAUGCAAUUAACCAGCUUCCCUGUACACUUUCAAGAUUUCUUUCUGCUAUGCCAUGGGUGAACUGUGGAAGACCUAGGAAUUUUUAGGUUCAGUACAUCAGUCCAGUUAGGAGGGCACUCAAUGCUGGCCUUGCUGAGUUAGGAGCAUGUUUUUGUGAAUGAUGGAGCAAUGUGCUCAGCAGGAGAAGGUAUCCCAGUUCUGGAUAAAAAGAGCUGAAGCAUUUUGCUGAGGUAAGAUGUAAGAGUUGAAUUAGAUUUAAGGGCUGCUCAUUAGCUGUUUUAAACUUCCCAAAUGAACAAUCUAAACCUACUAUUUGGCAUGUUCUGCUACUUUUGCGCUGUUUUGGUUUGUUCAAGUUCUGUCCCUGACUAUGCUCCCUUGCUGCAUGGCUGAGGUGAGGAGCAGCAGUUUCUGGGAUGGUGUGGGAUUCCCAUCCCUUCCCUUUAGCCACAGGCUCUCUGUGCAUCACAUCUCCAUCACCAGAUGGACAGCAGAAACUGGGCAGGGAGAGGAUGUGCAUCCAUGCCAGGGGCAGAUAAACCCUAGCUGUCAAGCAGCAAGGCACAGUGUGAGUAGGGUAGGAGUCCUAAAAUAUGGUGUGUAAGGAUUUAGGGGUGGGCUUCAAGAUCCAGUGCUAGUGCAGUGGCAUAAACCAACUUUGUCUGCUUGAGAUACAGGUCAGUUGUAGAACAGAAAAAAGUUUUCAGGUUUCUAAAUUUUCUGCAUGACUGCUAGCACUGCCAACCCACUUGUGCUCUGUGCUGCAUCACUAGCAAGCAUACAGAGCACAGUAUGUUAAAAGUCCAUCUGCAGACACUUGCUGGUAGUAAGUAAAUAAGGUGCCUAGAAGUUGCCCUGGGUACCUUUUUCUCCUUACCUUUACCUACCACCCUUGCACUCUGCCAGUCCUGAUAUUCCAAAGUGCUGAGGUACUUCAGUGAGCUGUUAAAAUCAGUCCAUCUAACAAAUGAUGGAGAGCAUCCUUUCUCUCACUCUUUCUACUCACAAAUUCACAGCUGAGAGGCAGGCUGGGAGAUAUCAACUUCUGUGCUAAUUCGAAGUUUAAGACCUAUGUACCAACUGAGAAACCAAAAAAAAAAGAAUUUAUAUGUGAUGUGUAGCAGCUGCUAUAUCUUGUGUCAUUUUAAGCUGAAAAUGAAAAGAAGUAAAAAAAAAAAAAAAAAGAUAGUAUUUACUGAUAUUUUGCUUUACUGUAAACUUUUCUUUUCCUGAGAAGCCCUGUCCAUUGCAACCAAGACAUCUCAGUUUAGGCUUAGACAUUGCAAGGAAGACUACCAGUGAAAAAUAUGAAGCUUUUGGAAGUACUUUUAUCUUUUUUUUUCUGUAAAAGUAGUGGCAUGCAGAAAAUAAAGUGAGCAUAGUAAAAAUGCUUUUUAAACACCCCCUGCAGGAAAGUCCUAUCUUCUCUGUCAAUAACUUACUACUUCUGCAAUAUGUGGCUGUCCUGGAUGCAUGUUGCAAGAAUUCCUGUGCCAUUUCAAAUUCUGAUGUUUAUCCCUUUGUAUUGGCUCAUACAUGGGGAAAAAUUAAAAGGAAAUCAAAGCAAGGGAAGCCUUUGGUUGAAUUCUUUUACACUAUUCUUGGUGCACAUUUUAGUUGCAUGGAACAAUGUGGUUGGGAAGAUUUUAAGAAUCAGAGGUAAACAAAAUUAUUUGAAUAAUAUGUUCAAUGCUGGUCACCUGACUAUACGAACAAACUUAAAAGGUGGUUUGAUAGCUGUCAACUUGUUUUGCUAUUGUGCAGCUUAACUGUUACCUUCCUGUAUUAUGAACAUCUAUGUAUUUGGAAAAUAAAUCCAUCUUGCAAGAAAGAUUGUGCAAAAAAAAUUGUUCCUAUUAUACUCCAGUGUAUUGCUGAUGUCAAAUAAAAUACAAUUGUGAGAGUUCUUAAA